AUGGAGCGCGAGGUGCGUCACCUGCUGCGCCUCAACUUUCAGCCAGCGCCGGCCUCCAGCGCCGACGGUCGGCCGGAGCCCGUCCACCUGCAGGUUCUCAACGAGGUGCACGGGCCGACGCUGCGGCGGCAGCUGAACAGACACCUGGCCGAGGUACCGGCGGCGGCCGGGGGCGAGGACUGCGCCCACUGCCACCCGGCCGGCCGGCUGCAGAUCCGUUCUGCCACCAUCUCGGGCAGCGUGGCCGACCGGGUGGGCUGGCUCUCCCUGCACGGUCACAGACUGCCUCUGCGCUCCGACAACGACUUUCUGCUGGAGCUGGACGUCAGCCGGUCGCCGCUGGCCACCGAGGCGGCCGCCGCCGAGGGCGAACCGUGUGUGGCGCCGAGCGCCGUGCUCGGUUACUACCGGAGGCGGUGCGCCGUCACCGGCGCGGUGCGCCGUCACCGGCGCGGGGAAGGGCCUCCCACCGUCAAUGGACCGGCCGUCACGUUUUGUGACGCGGGGGGCGCUGUCGACUGCGUGCCGUGCGUGGCUGUGUGCGCCAGCGCUGCCGUGCCAUGGCUAGCGGAGCUGCGAGCGCGGCCGCGGCCUUCCGGCUGGCCCGAGGAUCGGCUGCUGGCGCGCCUGGACAGGACACUGCUCCUGGUGCCCACUGGGCCGCACGCGGAGGACGACCGUCUGUGGCGGUUGUCGUUCUCCCGGCAGGAGGCGCAGCUGGUGCGGGGCCUUCCGCCGUCGGCACGCUACUGUCUGAUGCUGCUGAAGGCGGUGAAAAAGGAGAGACGGGAUCGGCUGGCCAACGUCUCUUCCUACUACCUGAAGACAUGUGUGCUGUGGAUGUGCCAACAGCGGCAGGAAACCGAGUGGCGAGACUCGCUGGCUGCGAUGGAUGCCGUGUUGGAGAUGCUGCGACAGGCUGUCGAUGACAAGGUCUUGCCAUCCUUUUUCUGCAGUGAGAUAAACGUGCUGCGGGAUCCAACUGAUGAGCGACUGGCGGACAUACGGCGUGGGAUUCGCUACUUCCAGGAAGAAAUGCUAAAUCUGCUGCAUGAGAUGUUCACCUCGCUGAGGCCAGCUAAGCCAAUCACACUUGAGUAGGUUCCGGUUCUUCUGGCAUAAUCAUUUGCCCAGUAUCACAAUCCUAUUUUGCUGGACAUGGUUUAGUGCUUUUCACGAUAUUGCAUGAUAUCUUUAAGUAAUAAUAAACGGAAUAAUUUGUUCCUUCAGCUUUGAAUAUGUGGAGUCAGUGGUGACACUAAAUUAUUUUCGGAAACGAAUUUUAGCUAGGCUUGACCGGAACCAUCGUUUUUAUAUCUAUGACCGUCUCCGGGCACGAUUUUUUUUUAACACGAGUUAUACGAGACAUCUGGCUUGAUUGUAAAUCAUGUGCUCGCCUUGUGAGAUGGAAGUCUUGUGAGGAUCGCUGGCUGCCACGUAUCGCCUGAAUGGGUUGCAUCUCCUAGAGUUAUCCGCGGCUGACUCCAGUAGCGGCGGAACA